CGCAUGGAUUCUCUCCCCAAGUUAUAAAGUUCAAGAAUUUCAUCUUAGCUACCAAGUAGAACUUCAUUUCUUCAAUUCAAAAUGGAAAAUGAGAAUAAUAAGUUCAUUUCAAUCACCGCUGAAGAGCUAAAGAGGCACAACAAAGAAGGGGAUCUAUGGAUAUCCAUUCACGGCAAGGUGUACGAUGUUUCAGAGUGGGCCCAACACCACCCCGGCGGCGAGUACCCUCUCCUCACCCUCUCCGGCCAAGACUCCACCGACGCCUUUCUCGCCUACCACCCCAACAUGUCACCCCACCACCUCACAAGAUUCUUCACCGGCUUUGACCUCGUUGACUACCAUGUUUCCGAGGUGUCAAAGGAUUACAUACACCUCGUCUCCCACUUCUCCAACUCCGGCCUAUUCCACGAUAAAGGCCACUUGGCGUUUUUCUACGUGGCAGCCAUGUCAGCCAUGUUUCUUACUAGCGUGUAUGGCGUUGUCUUUGGUGGGAGCUUUUGGGUGCAUUUUGUGUGUGCUUUGGUGAUGGGGUCUCUGUGGGUUCAGGCUGGGUGGGUAGGGCAUGACUCGGGCCACUAUGACAUCAUGAGAACCAGAAGAGCGAGCCGGGUGGCUCAGCUCCUAGUCGUGAACUGCAUGUCAGGGAUGAGCAUAUGGUGGUGGAAGUGGAACCACAACGCCCACCACAUCGCAUGCAACACCGUUGACUUUGACCCCGACAUCCAGCUCAUGCCUUUCCUUGCCGUGUCAUCCAAGCUUUUCAUGACCAACUCAUCAAUCCUCUCUCAUUUCUACAAAAAGAGAAUGACUUUCGACUCCCUGGCUAGAUUCUUGGUCAGUUACCAGCACUGGACAUUUUACCCAAUCAUGCUCUUUCUUGCCAGAGCAAACAUGUUUGUACAAUCUUGGACAACUUUGUUAACCAAGAAGAACAUAGUUGAAGCAAACCGGAAUCUUGAGAUAUUAGGGCUGGCCGCCUUCACUAUUUGGUACCCGUUCUUGCUCUCCUACUUACCCAGUUUCUCUGAGAGGCUAAUGUUCGUUGUGGUUAGCCUUAUGGUGACAGGGAUGCAACACAUACAACUGAGUUUUAGCCACUUCACGUCCAUGUUUUUUGUGGGGCCGUUGACCGGUCAAGACUGGAUUGAGAAGCAGGUUCAAGGGACGCUCAAUCUCGUGUGUCCUCCUUGGAUGGACUGGUUCUAUGGAGGAAUGCAGUUCCAGAUUGAGCACCACCUAUUUCCAAGAAUGCCGGGGUGUCAGCUUCGGAGGCUGGUUCCCUUUGUUAAAGAGCUCUGCGAAAAGCAUGGAUUGACUUAUAGCUGUGAGACUUAUUUCAAGGCAAAUGUGUUAACCUAUAGAUCGCUUCGAAAGGCAGCAUAUGAAGCUCGGGGUUCGACGACGUCGUUGGAUGUUCAGCCCAAAAACUUGGUGUGGGAAGCCUUGA